AUGGAAGGAAUAACUCGUGGCUUACGCGGUUUAUUUCACCGACGUGGACGACCCGAACAUAUUAUACAACAAACUUUAACAGUUAUUUAUUGUAACUUUCCUAUAUUAGAACGUGAUGUACGUACAGGCCAAUGGACUGUUCAAUUACCGAGCUCGCAUCGUCAUCAUCGUCAUAAUAAUCCUCCAGCACAAUUAUCAAGAUACACCAUUAUUCCACUUUAUGGUAUUAGUACAGAAUAUUUAAUGUCAACUAAACGAUCACAAUAUUUAGCAACAAAAUGA